AUGGAUUUUCUGGGAGUGGAUUCAGAUGGUAGUGCAUGUGGACUUUUAUGCAUUUGGAGGCCAGAAGUCUUUAAGCUUAGAGAUUGUUGUUGUAGUAAGAAUUUUAUUCUUCUAUUAGGUGCAUCUUGUCUUUCUUUUGAGUGUGUCAUAGUCAAUAUUUAUGCCCCAAAUGAGAUUGUGGGUAGAAGAAAGUUAUGGGAGGUUUUGGUAAAUGUACACCCUCAUUAUCCAAAUCCUUGGUGUGUGGGGAGGGGGGACUUCAAUGAAAUUAGAUUCAUCAAUGAGAGGAGAGGGUGUUCUAGAAGGGAGAGGGGGAUGCAGGAUUUUAAUGACCUUAUUGUCAAAUUGGAAUUAACAAAUCAGCCUUUGUUAAGUAAACAAUUCACCUGGUGUAAUGCAUUGGAUGAGGAAAGAUGGAGCAAGAUAGAUAGAUUCCUGUUGGAUUCUAGGUGGCUAGAAAAGUUCUCCUUUAAGCGAUGGGGUUUACUUAGACCUUUAUCAGAUCACUGUCCUAUUUUGUUGAAGGAGGAUGAAAGGGAUUGGGGUCCCAAACCCUUCAAGUUCUUAAAUCCUUGGCUUUCACAUCCUACCUUUAUGCCUGGAGUUAAACAAAUUUGGGAAAACAAUCAGGUGUCAAAAUGGGCUAGGUUUAAACUCAUGAGGAAACUGAAUGAUUUAAGAUCUCAUUUAAGUGUGUGGAACAAGGCGGUGUUUGGCAAUAUUGAUUCUCUUCUCAAGUCAGCUGAAGAGGAGUUGCAUGAUUGGGAUCUGAAGGCAGAGUCGGGGUCUCUAGAUGAUGAAGCUAUUAGAAGAAGAAGAGAAGCUAGAAGUUUGGUAUGGAAAUUAAGCAGAGAUAAAGAGAGGUUAUGGCAUCAAAAGUCCAUAAUGCUUUGGGCUCAAAAUGGUGAUAAAAGCACUAGGUUUUUCCACAUUAUGGCUAGCAGGAGACAGAGCAAGAACUUGCUAGAUUCAGUUUGUGUGGAGGGGGUGUGCUUUGAGGACCCUGCUCAAAUUAAACAGGCUGUGGUUAGGCAUUUUAGAAAGCAGUUUAUGGAGAAUUAG